GGUCCUUUUUCCCUGAAAGGAGGACCUGGGAGAGCUUCUCAUGAAAGAAGCUCAAGGGCUUUUACUCCGAAGGGAUGUAUGAAGGAAGGUCUGAGGGGAAAAGGGUCUGGGGUACCAUUUUCUGAGGGAUAUUUUUUUCCCAUGAGAAAGGAUUGUCUUCUUCCGUGAAAGGGGGACGGACUUAUCUUGUCGGCAGCCUGAGGGGCUUUCAAGGCGCCAUGCUGCCGCUCCUGCUGGGCCUGCUGGGCCCGGCCGCCUCUUGGGCACUGGGCCCGUCAGCGGGCUCGUCAGAGCUACGCUCGGCCUUCUCAGCGGCACGCACCACCCCGCUGGAGGGAACGUCGGAGAUGGCGGUGACCUUCGACAAAGUGUACGUGAACAUCGGGGGCGACUUCGACGCGGCCACCGGCCAGUUCCGCUGCCGCGUGCCCGGCGCCUACUUCUUCUCCUUCACCGCUGGCAAGGCUCCGCACAAGAGCCUGUCGGUGAUGCUGGUGCGCAAUCGCGACGAGGUGCAGGCGCUGGCCUUCGACGAGCAGCGGCGCCCCGGCACGCGACGCGCCGCCAGCCAGAGCGCCAUGCUGCAGCUCGACUACGGCGACACGGUGUGGCUGCGGCUGCACGGCGCCCCGCAGUACGCGCUGGGCGCGCCGGGCGCCACCUUCAGCGGCUACCUGGUGUACGCCGACGCCGACGCGCCUGCGCGCGGGCCGCCCGCGCCCCCCGAGCCGCGCUCGGCCUUCUCGGCAGCGCGCACGCGCAGCCUGGUGGGCUCGGACGCGGGCCCGGGGCCGCGGCACCGGCCGCUCGCCUUCGACACGGAGCUCGUCAACAUCGGCGGCGACUUCGACGCGGCUGCCGGCGUGUUCCGCUGUCGCCUGCCCGGCGCCUAUUUCUUCUCCUUCACACUGGGCAAGCUGCCGCGCAAGACGCUGUCGGUGAAGCUGAUGAAGAACCGCGACGAGGUGCAGGCCAUGAUUUACGACGACGGCGCGUCGCGGCGCCGCGAGAUGCAGAGCCAGAGCGUGAUGCUGGCGCUGCAGCGCGGCGACGCCGUCUGGCUGCUCAGCCAUGACCACGACGGCUACGGCGCCUACAGCAACCACGGCAAGUACAUCACCUUCUCCGGCUUCCUGGUGUACCCCGACGUCAUCUCCCCCGGCCCGCCCGGCCUCGGGCCCCCGGAGCUCUGAGCCCGGAACCCGAGAGGAGCCCGGGGCGGUCCGGGGGCGUGCAUGCCGAGGCGGGACCGCGGCCCGAACGCCCCGCCGGCGCGAGCAUGAGGGCCCCCCAGCGCGGGUGCUCUGCCAAUAAAGUGGGCCUGCGCCGGCGCCUGUUUGCCUGGGUCCUACGCUAU